UUAGCUACGAGACUUCUUCUCGAAGGAUUUUGUGAUACAAUGGUUCUGAAGAUGAGUUCAAGAAUUCAAGUCUUCAUGCUCCUGAUUUUGACUUUUUGCAAAUUUUGUUCUGUUUCAGCGCUAACAAAUCCUUUAGACGCUUCUGCUUUACAAGCCUUGAAGAGUGAAUGGACCAGGUUUCCUAAGAACUGGAAAGGCUCUGAUCCUUGUGGAGCCAGUUGGAUUGGAAUUACAUGUAACAAUAACAAUAACGUUAUUUCAAUAUCAUUAGGCAAUCUUAACUUGGAAGGAACGCUUUCUGCCGAUAUUGCUUCGUUGGCUGAACUGCAGAUCUUGGAUUUGACAUCUAAUUCCAAUUUGUCUGGAUCGCUUCCAUCAAAUAUUGGUAACCUCAAAAAGUUGACUACCUUGAACCUUAUGGGAUGCGGUUUCAGCGGUCAAAUCCCUGACUCCAUAGGAUCUCUAGAACAACUUACAACGCUAUCCCUGAACUUAAAUAAAUUUAGUGGAACAAUUCCAGCUUCCAUUGGACGAUUAUCUAAACUAAAUUGGUUAGAUAUAGCUGACAAUCAGUUGGAAGGAACCAUUCCAGUUUCUAAUGGGACUUCUUCACCUGGACUGGACAUGCUUCUUGAAACUGAGCAUUUUCACUUUGGAAAUAACACGCUUUCUGGGGAUAUCCCAGAAAAGCUCUUCUCCUCAAACAUGACUUUAAUACAUGUGCUAUUCGAUGGAAACCAGUUCACAGGCAAAAUACCGAGCAGCCUCGGCCUCGUUAAAACGUUGGAAGUGUUACGCCUUGAUAGGAAUAAACUAACGGGAGAUAUUCCUUCAAGUCUUAAUAAUCUCACAGAGCUGAACGAACUGUACUUGGCUGACAACAGACUUACAGGUAGCCUUCCAAAUUUAACAAGCUUGGCCAAGCUCUACACAUUAGAUGUGAGCAAUAACCAAUUGUCAUUCUCACUCAUUCCAUCAUGGAUCUCUACAUUACCCUCCCUGUCAACAUUAAGGAUGGAAGGGAUUCAACUCCAAGGUCCAAUACCAAUCUUGCUCUUUGCCCCUACUUUAUUGCAGACUGUUGUACUAAAGCGCAAUCAGUUAGAUGGAACAUUGGAUUUUGGUACUACCACCUAUAGCAAACAGUUAGAGCUUGUGGAUUUACAAAACAAUGAAAUAACUAAAUAUUAUAAACCAGCAGCUAAUAAAGGCCUCCAAGUAGUAUUGGCAGAUAAUCCAGUGUGCCAAGAAGCAGGGAACCGACAGAGUGACUUCUGCAGAACAAUCCAACAUAGUGCUAAUAUUUCUGUUCCACCAAUAGUCUGUCCACCACCAUGUACUGGUCAAGGCAGAGAAUGGAGUCCAGCGUGCCGCUGUCUGUAUCCAAUCACAGGAAUAAUCAUCUUCAGGUCUCCUUCCUUCUCAGGGUAUAACAAUAACACCUACUUCAUAACGCUCCAGCAGGGGAUAGAAGAUUUCUUUAAGGACCCCAAGUAUGAUGUCGCCUCCGUGGUCAUCAGAAACUUUAGAGAGAGUACAACUGGUCAUCAGCUUCUAGUAGACCUCUUGUUAUUUCCAUUUAACAUGGAGAGGUUUGAUCAGACACAAAUGAAAACUGCUAUCUCUGCGUUUAGCACUCAUCUAUAUAACCCUCCUUCAAUAUUUGGGCCUUACAUUUUCAGUGCCGAUCCGUACCCUCCGUUUUCUGUAGGAGGUUCCAUUUCAGUAAACAUUGGCGUUAUCAUCGGAGUAGUAGUUGGUGUUGUGGUUCUUCUACUGUUGUUAACCAUAGCUGGGAUUUACGCUAUUAGGCAGAAGAAGAGAGCAGAGAAAGCCACUGGUCAAAAUAAUCCUUUUGCCAAAUGGAAUACGAGUAGAAGCAGUGUUGAUGCUCCGCAGCUAAUGGGAGCGAAAGCAUUUACUUUUGAAGAGUUGAGGAAAUGCACGGACAACUUCUCAGGGGCAAAUGAUGUUGGAGGUGGAGGUUAUGGCAAGGUGUACAAAGGGAUUCUUCCCUCUGGGAAACUCCUAGCAAUCAAAAGAGCGCAACAAGGAUCUUCACAAGGGGAGUUGGAAUUUAAAACUGAGAUUGAGCUUCUUUCAAGGGUCCAUCAUAAGAAUGUUGUCAAGCUUUUAGGCUUUUGUUUUGAUCGAAAUGAACAAAUGCUUGUAUACGAGUACAUUCCAAAUGGCUCUCUUACGGACAGUCUAACAGGCAAGAAUGGUAUUAGACUUGAUUGGACAAGAAGGCUCAGAAUAGCACUUGGGUCAAGCAAGGGUUUGGCUUAUCUUCAUGAGCUUGCUGAUCCACCUAUUAUACACAGAGAUAUCAAAUCAAAUAAUAUACUACUUGAUGAGAGUCUAAAUGCAAAGGUUGCCGACUUUGGCCUCUCCAAACUUGUGGGAGACCCUGAGAAAAAUCAUGUGACAACCCAAGUGAAAGGAACUAUGGGCUAUCUGGAUCCUGAGUACUACAUGACGAAUCAAUUGACUGAGAAGAGCGAUGUGUAUGGGUUUGGUGUGGUGAUGCUUGAGCUAUUAACUGGUAAAAGUCCGAUAGUGGGCGGCAAAUACGUGGUGAGAGAGGUGAAGGCAAAGAUGGAUAAAUCAAGGAACUUGUAUGACCUGCAAGAAUUGGUGGACACUACUAUCAUUGCAAACAGUGGAAAUCUAAACGGGUUUGAGAAGUAUGUGGAUCUUGCUUUGAGAUGUGUGGAGCAGGAAGGAGUGAAGAGACCAUCGAUGGGUGAGGUUGUCAAAGAGAUUGAGAACAUUAUGCAACUUGCGGGUUUAGACCCUACUAUUGAUUCAGCGGCUAAUUCGAGAACGUACGAAGAAGCAAGCAAAGGAUCUGGUGAUCCUUAUGGCAAUGAAAUCCAGUGAUUGAACUUUUUUUUUGUGAACUCAUAAAUGAUUUCUUUCUUGAUGCUUCGUGAUUGUGGUCUCGUAAGUGACUUUGUUUUGAUUAAUAUUUCUUCUCCUUUAUAAUUUCAUCACCCUCUACAGGUUCAAUUGACUCUCAAGUAUUAAGGAUUUUGUGGACCUAUAAUUCAUUUGUCUGCUUGAUUCGUCUC